GAAAUAUGAUAAUCAGAGCCGCCGCGCCGCGCGCCCCGCAGCCAAUGGGCGCGCCGCUCGCCUGACGUCCCCGCGCGCUGCGUCACCCAAUGGCGAGGGGCCGGGCCGCAGAGAAGUUUGAGUAAGAGAUAAGGAAGCCAGUGCCCGGCCGCGCCGAGUCCCGCCGCCGCCGCGCCUCCGCUCCGCCCGCUCCCGGCGCCGCCUCCGAUUCCAUCCCCGAUCCGAGCGGCGAGGGCGCGGGGCCGGGCAGCCCCCGGGCACCCCGGGCCGCGGUGCCCCCUCGCCCGCCGCGCCAGCAUCCUCCCGGGGGCUGCGCACCCGCCGUGCCACCACCAUUUCACUGUGGACACUCCUCCCUCUGUCCGCGAUGGGAGACAUGGGCGACCCACCGAAAAAAAAACGCCUGAUUUCCCUGUGCGUCGGCUGCGGCAAUCAGAUUCACGAUCAGUACAUUCUGCGGGUCUCUCCGGAUUUGGAAUGGCAUGCGGCGUGCUUGAAAUGCGCAGAGUGCAAUCAGUAUUUGGACGAGAGCUGUACGUGCUUUGUGAGAGAUGGGAAAACCUACUGUAAGAGGGAUUAUAUCAGGUUGUACGGCAUCAAGUGCGCCAAGUGCAGCAUCGGCUUCAGCAAGAACGACUUCGUGAUGCGCGCCCGCGCCAAGGUGUACCACAUCGAGUGCUUCCGCUGCGUGGCCUGCAGCCGCCAGCUCAUCCCCGGCGACGAGUUCGCGCUGCGCGAGGACGGGCUCUUCUGCCGCGCCGACCACGACGUGGUGGAGCGGGCGGGCCUGGGCGCCGGCGCCCCGCUCAGCCCGCUGCACCCCGCGCGCCCGCUGCAGAUGGCAGCCGAGCCCAUCUCUGCGCGGCAGCCGGCGCUGCGGCCCCACGUGCACAAGCAGCCGGAGAAGACGACCCGCGUGCGGACGGUGCUGAACGAGAAGCAGCUGCACACGCUGCGGACCUGCUACGCCGCCAACCCGCGGCCCGACGCGCUCAUGAAGGAGCAGCUGGUGGAGAUGACGGGCCUGAGCCCCCGCGUGAUCCGCGUCUGGUUCCAGAACAAGCGCUGCAAGGACAAGAAGCGCAGCAUCAUGAUGAAGCAGCUGCAGCAGCAGCAGCCCAACGACAAGACGAACAUCCAGGGGAUGACCGGGACCCCCAUGGUGGCCGCCAGUCCCGAGAGGCACGACGGCGGCCUGCAGGCCAACCCGGUGGAGGUGCAGAGCUACCAGCCGCCCUGGAAGGUCCUGAGUGACUUCGCCUUGCAGAGUGACAUAGACCAGCCCGCCUUCCAGCAGCUGGUCAGUUUCUCCGAGGGAGGCCCGGGCUCAAACUCCACGGGCAGUGAGGUGGCCUCCAUGUCCUCGCAGCUCCCCGACACCCCCAACAGCAUGGUGGCCAGCCCCGUCGAGGCCUGAGGACCGACCGUUCUCGCCCCUGGUGGAGCCGGUGGGAGCCCAUCCCGUUGAACUCCGAACCAGAAGUAUUUAACGCCCCCGUCCACGGAAACUGAGUCGAGGAAACGAAUGCUCCAUGAAAUGCACGAAGCCUGGUUUGAUGACAAGGUAAUAUGGUAGCAACACUGUGAAGACAAUCAUGGGAUUUUACCAGAGCGGAAACCAACCACAGAGCAACGCCCGGGCCCAACGCGCGCUGUCCAGUGUGACCUUAGGAGGACUGAGGGAAAACAAACAAACCAACAAAAAGACGUUUUUAAAACGUAGAGGAUUUAUAUUCGAGGAUCUCAAAAAAAAAAAAAGCGCUUUCAUUUCCUUGCCCUUCGGAGAGCCUCAGAGGCAGGGCCUCCCGGCCGCCCCGUCUGAAUGGUGCUGUUUCUGGGCGGCCUGGCCUGCCAAGCUGGGCCGAGCUGGAGGAGGAGCGGCUGAAAGGCCCUUUCAGAGGUGGCGCUGGCCGCGGGGUUUCCAGGUGACUUGACAAGGGGUUCAUGGAAAGCCUGGGUUUCUUAGCAUGUCCCUUUUCUUUCCCUCCAGCCCCGUCUCCCCCGCCUCCCCCUUUUUUUUUUGAGAUCCAUCCUCUCUUAUCAAGAAGUCUGAAGCGACUUUAAAGGUUUUUGAAUCCAGGUUUGAAAACCGACGUAUAAAGCAUUGCAACAAGGUUACCUCUAUUUCGCCACAAGUCUCGGGAUUGUGUUUGCCCCUCCUGUCUGUCCAGGACUCUCCCCCCAAAGAUGUGUAUAGUUAUCGGUUACAAUGACUGUUUCUCUCUCUCUCUCUCUCUCUUUUUCUCUCUCUUUCUCUCUCUCUCCCUCUCUCUCUCUCUCUCUCUCUCUCUCUCUCUCUCUCUCUCUCUCUGGAAAUAAAGAGGAAAAGGAAAAGGAAACUUUUUUUGUUUGCUCUUGCAUUGCAAAAAAAAUUAUAAAGUAAUUUAUUAUUUAUUGUCGGAAGACUUGCCACUUUUCAUGUCAUUUGACAUUUAUUUUUUGUUUGCUGAAGUAAAAACAAACAGAAGAGAAGACAAAGGUUGUGUACCGUGGUCUUUGAAUUAUAUGUCGACUCCUAUGUGUUUUGUCAUUUUAUUUUCUCUCCUUAAAUAUGUGAAAAAUCAAAGCGCCAUAUGUAGGAUUCUAUCUGCAGGACUAUUUCACUAAUAAACGUUUGGCAUAGAUAAAUAAAU